GGAACUAGUACCGGGGGGCUGUGGCAGGAGGUUUCCUUCGGGGUGCCGAGGCGCGUCCCACGGACUGGAUCGGGGAUGGCGCUGUGCACAGUGUGAGGAAGCGCGAGCAGCCAAAGUUUGCAGAGCGCAGGCAGGAAAGUUCGCUGCAGAGGCGACCCGGGCUCGUCUGACAUCUCUCCCAUGGAUUUCCAGUGCAAACAUGCGGACUACACGCUUCAGAUAACGCGGAUUUACGCGCUGUUUUGCGGGUGUUUCCAGAGACUUUCUGCCCGUCCCGCACAGUUUGCUGCCGUCACUGCGCGCUGCUGUUUCAAUGGACCGCUCGUCUCUCUUAUCAUCCAGUGAGUAACUUUGAUCGUCUGGUUUCCUGACCUGUGGAUGAGUGUGAGCAUGGCUUCAAGGACGCUGUGCCAUGUAGCCUAGUCGUGGAUGUUUAAAAACAAUGAACUCCCCCCGUGACCAGGACCUGGCACCCUUAUCUCGGAAACACCGUCUCAUGGCUGCAGCUAUGCCCGGUGAGGACGACCCAUUGCCCGGCAACAUUUCCAGGAGUGAUCGGAACGGAUUCGGGGGACUUGUUUAUUGUUUUGUAUGUGGAAGCGGAGUCACGCCGGGGAAGGAGUUGAGGCUGCAAGUGGCAUAUCAGAAAGAGAGGCUUCCCUUUUUCCCGUUUCUGCAGAACCAGGAGGCAGCGCCGGGUGCGUGUGAAGUGAGCCCGGAUGGACACGCGCUGGUGUGCGCCGUGUGCCACUGUUUCCUGAAGGAGCAGUGGAACUCCUUCGAGCGGAGCAGGACGCCCCUCGAGAAGCGCAUGUACUGGCUGAAGCGACCGUACCAGUGCGACUCCCGGCGGGUCCCGCAGGAGUGGAACCUCUCCUACGACCUGGAGAGGAGGAUCGGACAGGGCUACGACGGGGGCGCGGACUCGGAUUUCUCGGACUUCUCUGAAAACGAGAACAUGUCAGACCAGGAGAUGGACGCGGUGGACCGAGCCAGCGUGGGCAAGUGCCCGAGGGCAUCUGGCAAGUCGCCGAGAGACAGUGGCAGGAAAAACAAUGUCAUCAGUGUUAAAAACAGCCCGGACUCUCAGCGGGCGAUCCGCUACCCGGUGGGUGUGUGCGGGGCGCAGAGGUCGCCCAAAGUGGAAAGUGUUGUCCCGGCGAGGCGCGGCGCUAAAAUGAUGAAUAAUGUCUGUCAGGCAUCAGAAUCUGUGGCAAAGACCCAGGAGAGAUUCCCUCUGCGGGGCUACGAGGGCCCCCUGUCCGACACACCUGUGCAGGACAACGGGGUCAUCAUGCGCAACAGGCGGUGGCUGGAGGAGCCGCGUCAGAUCCAGCGUGGUGCCGACAGCAGCUGCGCUCCGGCCAGACAUCUGCUGUACCGGGGAGCCGGCGAGCAUCACACCACCGCUACUGUCACCACGAAGGCUGCGCCCGGGGAGAACAACUCUGACAACUCCGAUGAAAACGAGAUUAACAUAACGAGCGAUGAUGACAGGGACAUGUAUGGCAGCAGAGCAGGCCCAUCGAUUCAGCUGAGACCUGCCAGAGACCUUUCAGCGAGGAAGAGCGCCCAGGAGCGCGCAGCUAAGGAGUCCAGGCCAGAGGAGUGUGUGUGUUACGUCUGUGGCACUGAGCUCAAACACGAUGACUGCUUUAAAGUCAGUGUUCAGAAGCAGGAGAGAGCACAGGGCGAGCCCUUCUUUCCCUUCCUGUGGCUGCACUCCCCUCCACGUGGUGCGGUGCCCAUCAGUUUGGCAGGUACAACCCUGGUAUGUGGAAGCUGCCACACCUCCCUCAUGCAGCAGUGGCAGAGCUUCCAGCUGGCAGAUGUGCCUGUGCUCCAGCGCCUCUAUGUAGUCCCCCUCAACCAGACCACCAGUGCUGUCCGUCCCCCCCAGCUAACUCCCCAGGAGGGAAAGCCCCAAGAGCCUAUGCAGUGCAUACCUAAACCCAAGGCUCCCCAUGAGGCCUGUUACCUCUGUGGUCAGGAGGGUGGGGGAGACAUGAGAGUUGCCUAUGCACAGGCUGGUGUGGGCAAAUCCCGUGGUGUGAUGCAUUUUCCCUUCAUCAAUAUGUUGCCUUGCCCACCUAACGCCCAGGGCCUGAUUCACAGCCGCGUGCAUUGCUGCACCCAGUGCCAUCUAAUCCUGGAGGAGAUCUGGGGAGCAUAUCGACUCAGCCUCAGCGAGGAGCUAAUCACUUCUGUCAGCUCCUUCCUGGUCAGGUACCACACUGCCAUGGCCAUUGAGGGGUGUGAACCGGCCCAUUCCCAGAGAGGGUUGGCUUCUCGCUCCGGCAGCUCCAUGUCGGUGUGUUAUCUGUGUGGAGCUGAGCUGUUUGCAGGUGGAGAGUACCAGCUUCAUGUCAACCCACCUGGGCGCUGCGGGGAGAGGGAGCCUUUCUUCCCCUUUCUCACCGUCCACCCGCCGGCUCCCCGUGCCAAGCCAGCCGACGCUACAGGCCUUGUGUCGGCUUGUAAUCUCUGCUAUCAUGACCUGCGUGCCCAGUGGGCCCUGCAUGAGAACAGGGGCCAGGGACCCUCCACCCCUUCUACCUCUAGCUUACCCAGUGGCAACCCCCAGCUGCCCAGUUCCCCGUGGGCCCGACAGUACAACUGUGAGGCGUUUGUUUGUUUCUUCUGCAGGCAGGAGCAGCGCAGGCAGGGUAGGCUAUGUGCCGUUACUAUGGCCAGGUUACCUGUGUUCCUGUAUGCCCCUCGCAGCACACGCACACUCCUGGUGGAUGAUGGAAAGAGGCUUGUGAUUGGCGCAUGUGUGGAAUGUAAGGCCAUGGUACAGGCGGGACAGAGGAUGCAGCAGGACAGGGAUAGACAUGGACAUGGAUCAUCAGACGAGGAGAGGAGGGAACCGGAAUCGGCCUCGCCACGAUCGAGACACAAGGCUGGUGCUCUGACUGAGGGGACGGCUGGAACCAGUAAGGAGGUGGACUCAGGUCCGGGCCCCUCGCAGCCUGCAGGCGACCGCACUCCCUCUCGCCCGGUGACCUCGGAGCAGGAGAAACCUGACCACGCCGACCGCCCACAUCCCAUUUCCCACCUGUACCCAGAGCUGUCCGUCUCUGAUCAGAUCACCUGA